AUGGGCGUGCAUCCCAUGCCGUUAGAUGCGACGGGAAUCGCCCAUCCUGCGCACGAUGUAAUGAAAGAGGAGAUAGCUGCCAGUACAGUGCUGUCCUAUCGUGCUCUAACUCAGCGAUUGGAGAAUAUGGAGCGUUUGAUCUCGGAAUCCAUGCAUCUCCCUACUAGCCAAAUGAGACGCGAAUAUCUCCAUAAUAUGACAAGCCAAUUGAAUCAGCAGACUGCCGGGCUCUCGCCGGCUCCAACUCAAAGUCCGCCAACAAUCAACCUCUGCUCGCUGGAGGAUAGGUCAAUCUCUCUUGACAUGAGGGAUAGGAACGGCGGGAAAUUGUGUAUAGGAUCAUGCGCUAUACUCUCUCCCGACGGUAUCCGCUGGAUAGAUGCACUGGUAGGCGACGACAGCUUUAGCUCCCUCCUAUCCGGUCUGAAGAUUCCAAGGAAGGUACCUUUGGGAAAGUUUGAAGGGCGGGUCAACCAUCCUUUACCCCCCAAUGAUAUGAUCACGGCAUGCGUCAAAGACUUUACCGCCACCUACAAUAGCUCUAUCCAUUUAUUCGAAGACGAUUACCUGGCUGAAAUACUUCAAAGGCAUCUCAAUGGCCAAUCUUUCUUAGAUGCCACAUCGUAUGCUGCAUUAAACAUUGUUUUAGCCCAUUCACUUGGCAAAUUUGACAAUAUGCGACACGAUGAAGCCGAAAAGUGCUUCGAGAAUUCUUUCAGUAUCCUCCCUGCGAUGAUUCUGCAGAGCCCCAAUAAGGCUAGCAUCGCGACAAUGCUUUUCAUGGCUAUGUAUCUUGUAUACACAUCUAGAAGCCAUCCUUCUGCCACCAUCCUCGGAGCCGCUGUUCAGUCAAUUCUCAUGGCUGGCUAUCACCAUAUUGUACCCACUCAAAGUAGCUCUGCAGCUCUGCACGAAAGAAGACUGCUUUAUCAUGCCUUUAUACUAGAGCAAGACUUGUCCAUGUACCAUUCAACACCGCCCUCACUUACAAGCGACCUGCUCUCCUCUCUGCCAGAGGAGGCUCCAGACGAUGGGCGCAACACGCUUACGUUUGACGAUGGCUCUACAUUAAACUGGCUCCGUGAACAGGUCAUCCUUGCGAAGAUCCAAAACAAAGUCUACGACAGGCUUCGCUCCCCGCGGGCCUCGACGCAAUCUCCAGAACAGUUAUAUGCCGACGUGAUGGAGAUCGAUGAAGAGUUGCAAAGUUGGAGGCAGAAAAUCCCUGACAUGGCUCGGCCACAAACUCCUUUAGGCGGCUUAGACAACAUGCGGCUAAUGUCCCUAACAGUACUCCAUUUCUGCUACUUUCAACUUCUUAUAUCUAUUCACUCCGUGGUAUUUAGUAAAGCUGUCCCUCUUUGGCAUCAAUACGAAGACAGUGACUUGGUCAUCUCUAGUGUGGCAUUGUGCGUUAGUGCUGCGCGGGCCUCGAUCUCCUUACUGAACUAUCAUGACCAUGGCCACCCGUUCACUAUAUACCUGCUAUAUCACAUCGCAUGGACCGUCGAUAUCCUACUUAUCAACAUCUUGGAAAACAAAACUACCCCGCAGGCCCGUGAAGAUUUAAAUCUUCUAGGCACGGUAAUUAGGUUUUUUGAAAAGCAUGAUCCAAACUACGAAAGUGCCGUUCCUUACCACAUCAGUCGGCUAUAUUACCAAGUUGCUCUUCGGGCUAUCAACAAUGCUACUGCUUCACAAAGCACCGAUCUAGAACGCCCUGCCAGAGCCUUGGCUGCAACUAAGAACAAUGACGACGCAUUGGAUACAGGUACAGUAACACCGGCUUCGGGUUCGAACGGGUCCCCGAACCCUCAAUUGUACUCGUGGGGGAUGCAGCUCAGCUUCCUGCCUGAGCUUUGGCAGGAUCCUCAUCUGGCCAUGUUGGAUGACCGUUUAGCUGAGCACUCACCCAACGUCUAG